UAGCGGAGAAGUCGGAAAUCGGAAGAAGAAGCCAUCUUGGAAAAUAGGAGGGCAGAACCCGACAAAAACAUAGAAAAUUUGUGUGAAUUCUGUUAAUUUUGUACACCGUAUAUAGCUUCAUUAGAGUGCCUCCAACAUAAAACAAAUUUACAAUGAAUCCAGAAUAUGAUUAUCUGUUCAAGUUGUUACUUAUUGGUGACUCAGGUGUGGGAAAGUCGUGUCUGUUGCUAAGAUUUGCUGACGACACAUACACAGAAAGCUAUAUCAGUACUAUAGGUGUAGACUUUAAAAUUAGAACAAUAGAAUUAGAUGGAAAAACUAUAAAGUUACAAAUUUGGGACACUGCAGGACAGGAGAGAUUCAGAACAAUUACAUCCAGCUACUACAGAGGUGCUCACGGUAUCAUUGUUGUCUAUGAUGUCACAGACCAAGAAUCUUUCAACAACGUGAAACAGUGGUUACAGGAAAUAGAACGAUAUGCCAGUGAAAAUGUCAAUAAAUUACUAGUUGGAAACAAAUGUGAUUUGACAGCAAAGAAAGUUGUAGAUUACACUACAGCAAAGGAGUAUGCUGAUUCACUAGCAAUCCCAUUUUUAGAAACCAGUGCAAAGAAUGCGACGAAUGUAGAGCAGGCGUUUAUGACAAUGGCGGCAGAAAUAAAGAAUCGUAUGGGACCAGUGACAGCAGCAUCGGAUAACAAACCAAAUGUUAAAAUAAACGCUAGCACACCUGUGAAACAAGGAGGCGGGGGUUGUUGUUAAGGAUUGUUACAUCUGUAGACUCGGAGGGACUGUGUAAUUCAUCUUAAAAGUGUCGGAAUGUGAACGGAGCUCAUUGACGGACUGAUGAAUUAUUUUCACACAAUUUUUGGGUCGGUCCGUCGUUCAAGAAGUGUAAUUUUCGACAUACUUGCCUGCAUUUUAGUACUCUAUCCUGCCAGUUUAUGAAAAUGAAAGACUGACAUUGCCAAAAUAUGAUGCUAUUAUUUGGGUGGCAGUUUAAAUGUGUAUACUAUAAUUGAUGUUAAAACAUAAAGGCUUUUUGGUUUUAAAGAAUACUAAAAUGCAAGCGAGUUAUGCUUGUGUUCACAUAUACACAUUUUAUAUGUAAUAUCAUUAAAUCAGUGAUAUCUUUCACACAAGUUCACCCUUGAAAUAUUCCUUAUUUUCUUUCCAGAAUGUUUUCCUAUCGCAUGAAUUUUAAAAUGUCAUGUUCUUCUAUUGAGAAGACUAAGAAUAUACAGUUUAUCUUCAGGAAUUAAUCAGGUUACGCAUACAAAAUUAUUUUUAAUAGUGAAAAAAAAAUUCAUGCUUUCGCCCGAACACAAGGAAGGGCUGCCCUUUCUAGUUCUGUAUAUUUGUGUAAGAAGGGCUACCCUAGAAAAAUAACUUUACGUAUAAAGUGCGCCAUAAUGAUUUCCGGUCUUAAAAAGUGUUUUAAGAUCAUUACAAUUAAGGUUUAAGUAUUUUACUUUUGAGUUAAUAACUAAUUUUUGUCCAGAUUGUCUAUUUCAUUAAUGAUUAUGUGUAUUUCAUACUUUAUAUUUACGAGUAUAUGAUUAUUUAUGAUGUGAUAUUGUAGCUAUGAAUGACUCGUUAUUUGUUAGCGAAUGUUUUAUUUUAUGUGUGUGGAGUAACUGAUGGUCAUAAUAAAGUAUCUGAAAAAAUAUAUAUUCAUCUGUUAAUUCAUAUAUUGAGCAUUCAUUGCAUUAUGAUUGAUAGGUAAGUCUUUUCAUCAAAUGAUUAAAACAGUUGUCAUAUUAACCCUUAUCAUGCUGGACACGAUCGAUUCUGCCUUUGUUACCAGUUAAGUUCAUGAUCAGCCUGCACAUCUGUGCAGUUUGAUCAAGAUCUGUGCUGUUCACUAUUCAGUAUCCUUUUGGUAAGCUUUCCUUUUGACAGUUAAUGGUACUGUCCACAUUGAAAGAUGGACAAGUUCAUUAUAGAAAUUUAGCAGGGUAAGGGUUAAAGCAAAAUUUAAAGUCUGCUUUAAAGAUGCCUGCAUUAUCUAAGUAUCUUGCUACAAUGAUGUAAAUUAUCAUUCCAUAUAAGUGCUGUACAGUAAAGGAGAUUUUGCUAGUUUUCUAUAACAACAACUAUAUAUACCUGCACUAAAUGCAGGGACUUUUCGUAAAACUUUUUUUUUCUUUAACCAACAUUAAAUAUCUGUUGGUGUUUAUAUUAGAAUUUCUGAAGAGACUUGAAAAGUCCACAAGAAAUACUCAAGGAGACUGGCCCUUUGACUUCCAGUGUAUCUGUGUAAAUGUUUAGAUAUAUUAUUGAUUGAAUGUUGCUUUGUGAUUUCUUUAGGGAGCAGGACAUUUUGAGGAAAUAGUUGUCAAAUCAUGACCAUAUAAUGUAUUAAUCAUUUAUAAAUGUUUUUGGGAGAAAAUAUAACAUAACAUACCUGUUAAUAAUUCUUUGUGCAGAAUGUUUCGGAGACAUUUCAGGAAUUUAAAAAAGCAUAAUUAAAAAUUAACUGGUUUUAAGUACAAAAUAAUUGCAUCACAGAAAAAUCUUUCUUUUCUGUUACGAUAUUACAGAGGUCUGAUGUUUUGGAAACAGUUCCAGAGUUAUUUGAAUUUUGAUAGAGUGACUGUGCUAAAAAAGUUAUAACACAUUUUUUAGGUCAUUGUAAUGUUGUUUAUUUCAAAGUGACAAAUAUCUCUUUACGGGUUUUUUCUUCAGAAGUAAGUAGUAAAUUAAGAGAGUCGGGUCGUCAUUAAUUUCGUAAAUUUUUGGAACAGUACGUUUUUGAAAACAUGUUAAACACCAAUACCCUGUGUGAUAUCUCUGUCUUCAAAUAGCACUACUCUGUUAAUAACUUUAAAUUAGUGAAUGAUUUGUGUUUUAAAGGAAACAAAAUUUAUCAUGUUUAUAAAUGUAUACUUUGUAUUUAAAAGAAGAAAUGAAAAUUUAUAUAAAGUGAUCUAAUGUCUUAGUUCAUGACAUAUAUCCCAAAUUGAUAGACCCUAAGGAAAGAACUACCGGUAUAGUAGCCGUGUUGCACAGGUCCAUUGUAUGCUUUUCAUAAUAUGAUAUAUUUUCAUUGUUUGAUUUUAAUUAAUGCCAUGAUGUAAAUACUUCUGAAAUCUGGACAAGGCAUUCCUGUACAUUUAUCAUAGAAUGUGUUUCAAAAUAUUCAGUCCAGUCGUGUUACAUGGUUUUAAGUAAUGAACAUCACGUUUAUCAUUCGUUACCUGUUGUAGAUAUUUGAGUAAACACCAUAUUUGUGCAUUUUUUGUGUGAACGGUAGAAUUAAUAGUUUUGAAGCAGGUCCGAGUCUAUAUGACCGGAGAAAUAUUGAUCCCAUUAUAAGUUUUUAGAAAAGCAGUAUGGAAGAAAGCAUGUCUGCCAGUGCCAGGCUUAAAUCCAUUGCUGUCAGCAGUGUUCUAAGAUAGUUUCAGACUGUUGUUAAAUUCCUUAAAGUGAUUUAGUUGAUGAAAGCUGCUUGCUAAAAUAUAGACACCCUAGGGUUUCAAGUUAGCAUUUUAAAGAAAAUAAUGUUACUGCAGAUCUUAUGGUUUUCAGAAAAUAUUUUGUUUUAAUACAUUUCAAAGCUCCAACAGUGAUAUUAGUGUCGCAUCGAUAACACUGAAAGAUUUUAUUUUAAAGUCUUAUUGUAAAUUUGAACAUCACUUCAUCCCUGUGACUUUUGGAUUGUAAGAAAAUACUGUGGUAGCCAUAGAGGAUGAUUUGCUGGAGUUCGAAAUUUCAGGCACAGAGACUUGUAUUGAAAUGGAAAGUUAUUAAAACCAUGCAGAUUUUCAUGCACUGCAACAUUUUACAAUGCUUUCACUUUGCAGUAAAGCUUUAUGUUGAAAGACUGGGGGAAAAUUCGAGAAACACCUCCAAAAGGGAGAUAAUAGAGUUAUCAGAAAGUCAUGUAAGCAUACAACUAAAAGCAUCUGUUAAAUAUAUUUAUUUCAUGCUAAUAAAAAACUGUUUUAUCAAUGAGAUAUAAUCCAUAUCACUACCUGCAAGUGAUAUAGCUUAACCAGUCUAUUGUACAUUGUGUAUUAUUUCUAAGUUUUUUCAUAAAAUGGGAUGAGAAUUGUAAUCACACUCUUAAUUUAUAGUAUAUUUUGCAAUGCAAAUAACCUUAUCUUACAAGAAUUUCAUAACAUUAUCCUGCAAAAAAUGAAAUGAAACUGAGCUUCAUGUCGAACGCGUCUUUGAAAUGUCACAAGACUGGAGGUCAUGUUCGUUUAUUAGGGUCUGUUUUCCGCCCUGAUAUUAAACUUUAUUGCAAAAUGUAUGUUUCAGAAUAAGCAUAAAUAAAAAGAAAACAUGUGAACAUUUCUCAAUGAUAUAUGUUUUCCAUAUUAAAACAAACAAAUCUCCUCUAUAUCUCUGUACUGGUAUUAGAAUUGGGACAUCUGUAAAAAAAAAAAAAAAGCUUUUGUUAAGCUUGUAAUAAUGAAAGACGUGUUUGCUUUUUCUAUGUAAUCUAAAGGUUAGUUUGAGAGAGAUGGCAUGGAAGUUCUAAUUUCAAAUCUGUGAAAGUUAAUAUGCACUUUAUGUAUAUCAAAUUUAUUCUUAAAUUUUAUAUGUGUAAAGUUCUGUAUAUGUAUUUAACUGUGGCUCUUUGUUUUGAUAAAGACAGAUGUCGAAACACUGGAUUUUUGUGAUUCAGUUUUUACUAGUAAUUCUUUCUGUAGCUAUUUUUACUUAAAAAAGUUUGUCUCUAUCUUAACACUGGGGCCAAAUGCUUUAAUUAAGUCAUGGAUUUCUUGAUAAAAAUGAGGAUACAAAAUAAAAAUGUACUAUUAUUUAUAA